AUGCAUCGACCGCGCUGGGCGCGGCGGCUUAACGCUCUCUGGACCUACAAUACUAACCGGCAAGUACCGGACUCGGCUGGCACGGCCACAGCGUACUUUUGCGGCGUCAAAACCAAGGAGGAAAUAAUUGGGCUAGACGAUUCGGCAAUAGCGGGAAACUGCCAGUCCAGCUUGAACGCUGCAGUAGACUCGGUCAUGAUUGAUGCCGAAAAGGAAGGCAAGGCAACAGGGUUUGUGACAACAGCCCGCGUGACUCACGCUACACCGUCUAGUUUGUACGCGCACUCGCCAGACCGUGGCUGGGAGAACAACAGGGACAUCCCGGAGAAGGAAGCUGCGUUUGGAUGCACCGAUAUCGCACACCAACUGGUCACGCUGGGGAAGAACACCAAGCCUUUCUUCACAGAUGAAUGGUUGGCCAGUAAAAAAGCCCAAACGAGUCACUUUGUGUGGAACCUGGAGCAGUUUAAUAACGUGGAUCCCGAAAGCACUGAGUUUCUCCUUGGUCUGUUCGAGGCCAGUCACAUGCAGUAUGAGGCUGAGCGGACCAACGAACCGUCUAUCGCCGAAAUGACAGAGAAGGCCAUUCAGAUCCUGCAGAAAGACACAAACGGUUUCUUCUUAAUGGUAGAGGGUGGCCGUAUAGACCACGCCCACCAUGGCGGCUUCGCAGGCAAUGCCCUCAACGAUACCGUAGCCUUUGAAGCAGCGGUUACCAAAGCAAUGGAAAUGACCAAUGAGGAAGACACGCUAGUAAUUGUCACAGCCGACCAUAGCCACGUGAUGACCAUAGGCGGCUACCCUAGCCGGGGCAAUCCUAUUUUAGGUUUGUACGACUUGGGAGUCGGUGAUGACGAUCUCCCAUUCACCACGAUCGGUUACAGUAAUGGACCAGGGGGCAUUGCCGAGCAAAGCAGCUACAAACUUUCGGGUUCAAGACGAAACCUCACCGACGUAGACACAGAAACUCCGCGGUUCAUUCAACCAGCCAUAGUCCCCAAGGGUUCCGAAACUCACGGUGGGGAGGACGUGGCGAUCUACGCCAACGGGCCCAUGUCGCACCUCUUUCACGGUGUCCACGAGCAGAACUACAUGGCGCACGUGGUGCGCUACGCCGCCUGUCUGGGGGACAAGAAACACUGCGAGGAAUACGUGAAUCCCUGUGGUGGUGUGAAGGGCGGGGCCACGUCAUUAUUAACCGGGGGCGUAGCAAUGGUCACGAUAUUUUUAAACAUGGGCAACCCUUAA